CCUUUAAAUCACCGGUAAAGGAAGCAAAAAAAAAAGAUCGAAAUACGGAAGAGAAGCGCUUGUUCUGGCAUAAGCUGAAUAAAAAUGAGGAAAGGUGGCUAAUAUAAUAAUUGGUGCGAAAGGCACUACAGAUACUGGACUUUAAAGCUCCAAAGAGAAUGAUUUAGCCAGCUGGCUGACCAGGCGGCUGCCGGCUUUUCCCAUGCUGAAAGCGGACAAGGUAAUCCAAAGAUGUCGUGGUUGCACCAUGUCACUCCCAGCCCGGACCAGCGUCGCCCCGGCGUGAGGGCGGCACCGGCGGCGCAAGACCGGGCUGCCGGCGUCGCACCCCCCGGCCUGGAGGGCUUCCCCUCGGCCCCGCGGGGCGCCUGUCCUCCGACCCUUGAGAACCUGACUUGCGGGUCCGGUGCGGGUCAGGUCCGAGAACCGGAGCCCAUCUCGUACGUGAGUCUGCAGGAGCAGCGGUGCGUGCUGAGCUGGUUCCAGGCCUGGGGAGCCCCUCAGCGGGAGAGCUUCCUGCAGGACCUGGUGGGCAAAGCCGUGCCCGGGAAGGUCUGCACCCUCCUGGACUCUCUCAGCACUCUUCAGGUGAAGGACCGACUACCAAACAUAUUCGAGUGCCAGCUCCGCCUGUGGACCCAGUGGUUUGAGUCUUGGGGAGAAGAAGAGCGGAACCAUUUCCUCCACAUUCUGGAGGAGCGGGACCCCACCUUUGUUGCACACUUUUACGGCUGUGUGGCGGCAACAGCUGGCCGGGACUGAAGCCAACCUUGGACUGCAAGCAUCAUGAAUGUGUUUAGCAGAACAGAGAAAUACAACAUGGAACUGUGAGGACUCACGUUCUUAGGAUUUUCAACAACUUUUUUCAUGAGUUUUUUCAAACAAUUCUUCAGGGAGCAGUCACACACACACAUGCAACUUGUUUACAAACUUCUAUUUGCUUUAACACAUAUUGCAAAAAAGCUCCUCCAAAUCCAUACUUGAAAUUAUGAGAAAUUGAUGAUGUUGACAUUUUAAAACUUUUUUUUUUGUAAACUUGCAUAAAUAAAACUAUAAAUCCCCCGGA